AUGUGCAACGCAUUCUUGAAGUCACCAACAUUUCACAUAAAAGGACGAUCACUGUCGCCUCACGCUGCUAUGAGACAAUUAGCACAGUCAUUGAAUGUACAUGUGCCCGACAACUGGAGUGAUUUGAUGAAACCGCCAAGUACAACGGGUGUUGUUGGUGAAGCGGAAGUUGGCUCCUCAAAUCUGGAAAGUGUCGUAAACGAUUGGUCUUUGCCGGCGUCAUUUCGCACCGAAGUAAUCGGUAGCGUUCGAACAUUAAUGUUGACUGCAAUUGAAGGAUCAUACUCGGCUCAAACAUAUACUUUCGACGCUGGAUCGGCCACUACACUAUCGACAUUAUUAGUUGUCGCCACAAAGCUCUUGUCACCAUCGAAUCCAGAUCAGCCGUAUGGUUUGAUGCAUGCAGCGAUCAAUGGCAAUGCUCUAGUCAAACAACAGUACACUAAAUACUCAGUAAAAGUUUGUCAGCACUGUAACAAAUACUUUUGGAAAGCAAAAGGGUGCUGUCAUCACGAAGAGCAUUCUUCACCACGCGGUCAUUCGGCAGAAGAACUUAACACUGUGCGACAGAAGAUGAUAGUCGAUCAGUACGCUUGGUUUUCUCAACAAAACUUGGCAAAUAUCGGAUCAAAAACGUUGGUUAAAACGUUUAUUCCAAAUAGAUAUGAUAGCAUCACCGAAACUCUUGAGAACCUAUUGUCAAGAAAAGAAGUGAAGAAUGAAAUGGUAAUGUCUUACAACGAUUCAGUUCUCACUGCUAUUCAAUCAAAUUUCGCUUCGUUAAAAUUAUCAACACACAUAUUUCGAGUGAACAAAGUUUCGAAAAAUAAUAUGCCUAAACUUUGCACAGCGUUAGCAAAACAAUAUGGCUUUGAAGAUUUCUAUUCCAAUUCAGAAUAUUCACAGCAAAUUGCAUUGCCAAAGUUCUCCUAUGAAACUCUGUUUACUUCACAAAAUGUUAGCGGCUUGAGUAAGGUCUUUGUCAAAUACGUCUGGAUACUUGGUCAAAAAACGGAUAAUUUGUCUUACGCAUUGAAUGUUAUUUCGCUCACUCAUUCAUCCCGCAUAUUGAUUGACAUGAUUCCAUCGAAUGCAACCAGAAACAGUACAUUAUCAACUACAGUGGAGAAGUAUAAUCAGUUAAAUAUUUCACGAUUAUCUACCUUCAAUUCGGAUGGUCAAUUUUCGAAUCAAAGUCUACUCACAUUGAGUUCACCAUGGGAACAGAAAACAACACGAACUCUUCUCAAUAUGCUACGAUUCAUAGCGGCGAGUGCAAUAGUUCCACAAAGGUUCCGCAUGUUAUCUGAUUUCAAUGUUGAAGUCACUAGACCACAUCCCAAUUUCAAUUCAAGCAUCCGAAACGAGGGACGAACCAUCGCUCUACAAGUUCAAGCAUUAGCAACUGCAGUUUCAAGCGCUGCUAAGGCAGUUGGAGAAGUCAUCAAUGUUCUCAAAUCAAGUAAAACAGUUACUAUAGAAAGGAUUCUGCGCUUCGGCUUCUCUUAUUUCAAUCAAAAAACGAGAAUUCUUCGAGCAAUGAACGUGCCAAGUUCGCGAGCUGAAGCCUUCAUGCGUGCCGUCGCACAGGACUAUGAUUUGCCAAAAGCAGAUAGUUUUAUAAUGGGAAUAACUUAUUCGGAUGAUUUUUCCUGGGAACAAGUUCAAUAUUUAUAUUCACCAGCGAAAAACGGAGUGUAUCGUUGUUUGACUUUGUUCAAGACCGGUGAUUCCACCACAGAUACGGCUUCAUUCUUCAUUGUUGAUGUCAAUUCGGAUUAUCAUAUCGCGCCCGAUCUAUUGCUCGUCACAACGUCAAAAAGUCGAUUGGGUGGCCUUUUCUCGUCGUCAAAGCAAAGUAUACAAGAGGUGCCCCAUGUUUUAACAUUAGAUGAAGCUGUUAAACUUCAACAAUUCUUCAUGCUAGUUGCCAUUGGGAAUAUAGCUCAGACGCUGCACGUCACAACGGAUUUUAGUGCAGCGCAUAAAUAG